AUGAAGUUCGCUAUUUUCUCCCUCCUCGCGGCUGCUUCCCUGUGCGCUUCCCAGGAACUUCCCACCUGCGAGUCCGGAGCCCUGAAGUGCUGCCGCGACGUUGUGCAAUACUCCGAUCUGCCCGAAUACGUCCAGGAAUACUAUGGCAUUGACCCCGAGCUGAACAACGCCAAUGCGUGCUCCGACGGCAUUGACCUCCUCGACGAGUUCGCUGUCGCCCGCUGCAGUGCGAACGGCGAGUCGCUCCAAUGCUGUGGCGCGUUCGUGGCUACUCGGCCUCCGAUCGAGGGAGAUAGCAUCACUCUCAACUGCGAGGACGUUUACCAAUAUUAA